AAAGUUUGACAUCGAUAGACAGAUCUUACAGGUCAACGGACACGUGGGCGGAACUACUGUGUGGGAAACGAGGGAGUUUAUUUUGGGGAGUUUCGUAAGCCAUCAGUAAAGAUACAUUUACACAACUGAAACGGGGUUAAGUUAUAUAGACAGACAGACAGACAGACAGACAGACAGACAGACAACUGCUUUGCCAGUCGCCCUUUGUGAUUUGACAACUUGUUGUGUAUUUUGUAUUACGAACCCCGUGGAAAUUCACCAUGCAGGCCGCCAAAGUCUCUGACACCCCGAUGGAAUUCAUGGUGGAUUUCUUAAACAAAGCCAAGGAGAUAGCAGAUAGCACUGCCAACAUUCCAGAGGAACUGAGGGUCAACCUACAGAAGGCCCUGGACAUAGCGUGUGGUCUGGACGGCUACCUGGAGAAAAUGAGCAGCCAGGAAAGUGCACCUCUCGCUGAGCUGUAUCAGAAAACGAUGGAACACGACUGGGAUAAAGUAUUCGAGGACGGCAAGACUCAGUUUCGGCUUCCAAAAGAGUGCAUCACUGGGCAUGUGGAAGGCCAGACUCUGAAAAUGCUGGUUCACAUGAGUAAAGCCAAGAGGAUCCUCGAGAUAGGCAUGUUCACAGGGUAUGGUGCUCUCUCAAUGGCUGAAGGACUGCCCGAGGAUGGGUCACUAGUUGCCUGUGAGAUUGAGCAAUAUCUUAAAGAAUUUGCUAAGCCCAUAUUUGACAGGUCUCCACAUGGCAAGAAGAUAACAGUGAAGAUUGGUUCUGCCAUGGAUAGCUUGAAGGAUCUGGCUGCAGCAGGUGAGCAGUUUGACAUGGUCUUUAUCGACGCAGACAAGAACAACUACAUCAACUACUACAAGUUCAUCCUGGACCACAACCUCCUACGGCUGAGUGGUGUGAUAUGUGUGGAUAACUCUCUGUUCAAGGCUAAGGUCUACCUAAAGGACACCGCUGAUGUCAACGGGCUGGCGCUUCGAGAUUUUAACCAGUUUGUGAAGAGUGAUCUUCGUGUGGAGCAGGUCAUUGUCCCCCUCAGAGAUGGCAUCAGUAUCAUCCGCAGAGUACCCAUGGCAACAGCAUGUGCAGGCACACAGAGCAAGGUAACAGACGAUGAAGUAUUCCGGGGUUUGAACGGGAGGUCGAUCCUGGACCGGAUGCGUCUGGACGGCAGGGUGGCCUAUGUGACAGGGGCAGGCCAAGGUAUAGGCAGGGCGUUCGCACAUGCCCUAGGAGAGGCCGGUGCCAAAGUGGCUGUGGUAGACCUGGACCAAGGGAAGGCUGAGGGCGUGGCAGAGGAGCUCACACUGAAAGGGAUAAAUUGCAUUGCGAUUACUGCUGACAUCAGCAAAUCGUUAGAUGUUGAGAGGAUGAUUGACAGCAUUGUGUCCAAAUGGGGAGCGAUCCAAAUAGCAUGCAACAACGCAGGGAUCAACAUGAACUCAGCCAGUGAAGACACCAGCCUGGAAGAGUGGGACCAAACCUUUGAUGUCAACUUGAGGGGGACCUUCAUGUGUUGUCAGGCUGCAGGUCGUGUGAUGCUGAAGCAAGGAUAUGGGAAGAUUAUUAACACAGCGUCCAUGGCCAGUCUAAUAGUGCCCCACCCACAGAAGCAGCUUGCCUACAACACCUCAAAGGCAGGAGUGGUCAAACUGACACAGACACUUGGCACAGAGUGGAUUGACAGAGGGGUCCGAGUUAACUGCAUCUCACCGGGGAUUGUUGACACCCCUCUCAUCCACUCGGAGAGUUUGAGGCCUCUGGUGCAGCGCUGGCUGUCAGAUAUCCCUGCUGGACGACUGGCUCUAGUGACAGACCUGCAAGCUGCAGUGGUCUACUUGGCAUCUGACGCCUCCGACUACAUGACAGGGCAUAACUUAGUCAUAGAGGGUGGGCAAAGUCUGUGGUAGAGAGAGGGAGAAGCUUAAUUUUUUCCCCUCUUGGUUCACUCUUGGGAAUAGACACCCACCGCAGGUGGCUGGUGGCUGGUGGCACAUUAAUUAGGGAGACGGACUCAUAGUAAUGGCUGGAAUGGAAUGAUAUGGAACACUUGGCUUGCAUGUGUUUGAUUUCACUCCAUUCCAGCCAUUAUUAUGAGCCGUCCUCCCCUCAUCAGCCUCUUGUGGCGACCACUGUGACUGAUCUCCACAGGGAAGACUAGAGUAACAGAGAUUAGGUCAGAGUGAUUACUUCCCUGGUUUACCAUGAUGUCAGAUUGGAGAUUAUUUUACAGUUUCAUAUAGUAGUCUUCACAUAAAAGGGACAUUUAUUUCCACACAGUUGUGCUUUCAUAUCCCUAUAAUUUUCUUGACAGAAAUGCACACUUUGUCGCAAAUCCUUUUUACGCCUUCUACAUGGUGCUAUCCUUUGGACAUCUGUGUUUUUAUACAGAAACAUUUUUCACCCUGGAAUCUGUGAGUGACUCUUAUAAACAGGUUUUGACACCAUUUGCCCCAUCAGAGGUAUUUGUUUCGUAAGUGAAAAGUACUUGAAACGGGUUCAUAGUUCAAGAUUUUAAUACACGGAAUGAAUGCUGCUUUCUACUGUGCAAGUGCAGUAUGUACUGGAUAUUAGAUUGUGAAAGAUGGGUUGGGCAUAGUAGAAAGUACUGAGAUGUGUAUGACAAGAUACUGUACGAAAUACAGUCGGUUUAUAAAAUAAACACUAUCAAACUUAA